GGUCUUCGCUCCCGCAGCCGCGGAGGCCCCAGGUGCUCGGCUCUGGGCCGGAAUCCGCGUGGCGAGGGGUGCGUGGCGAUGCCCGACCCGAGGCCCCCUCAGUGGACAUGGAAGAGGUCCCUCUGCUCGGAGGGAUGUCCGGCCCGGAGGAGGAGAUCGUGACCGACCUUUUCAGUGCAGAGAGUCCGUUCGUUUCGGAGAACCUUACCCUGAAAACCCCGGUGGUGGUGAAGCACGAGGAGGACGAGUUCCACGUGUUUAAAGACGCGUAUCUGAGCUCCGCGGAGCCCAAGGAGCCCCUCCUGCACGCGUUCAACCCCCCGCUUCACGUGGACUGUGACAGCCAAGUGAAAGUGGAACUCGCGGUGGACGGCAACGACGACGAGGAGAUGCUCCCGGAGUACCCGAGUCUCCCCGAGCUCAGCCCCCUGGAGGACGCCGCGCUGCCGGUGGUGGCCCCGCAGCCGCAGGCCUACAACGUGCACUUCCUGUCCUCCCUGCUGGCCCCGCACCGGAGUCCUGCUGUCGUGCCCCUGGGCGCCUGGGCCAGGGAAGGAGGUGCCCACCCGGGGGUCCGGGUGAUUCCAGUAAGAUCCAUGUGGGAGACAGGCGCCGGACCUCGGUCACCCGGUCCGGAACAGAGAAGUGAGACCGCUGGCCCGGGCCAAGAUUUCCCUCACAAGCCUUUUCCCGGGGUGGAAAUAAAGGAAGCAGGUGGUACAAUUAUAAGUAACAAUCCUGAGGAAGCAACUUUUCAGAACCCUCUUGGUCCAGAAUCCUGUUGCAAGUUCCCCUCGUCGCAAGAAGCCGAGGACGCCUCUGGCUGCUCUCACAAGAAAGACUCUAACCCAAUGGUGAUAUGCCAGUUGAAAGGGGGUACACAAAUGCUGUGUAUAGACAAUUCUGGCCCAAGAGAACUAAAAGCUCUUCAUUUGGUUCCUCAGUAUCAAGACCAAAAUAAUUAUCUACAGUCAGAUGUCCCUAAACCAAUGACUACUUUAGUAGGAAGAUUUUUGCCAGUACCAGCAAAAUUAAAUCUCAUUACACAACAACUUGAAAACGGAGGCUUACCAUCCCUAGUCAACGGGUCUGCUUUCCCUUCGGGAUCUGCUCUCCCAGGACCACCAAAGCUCACCUUGGCUGGAGUAACUCUUAGUUCAUGGGACACAAAGUCUAAAAAGCCAUGUAACUGUACCAAAUCCCAGUGUCUGAAAUUGUACUGCGACUGCUUCGCCAGCGGGGACUUCUGCAACAACUGCAACUGUAACAAUUGUUGCAACAACCUACGUCACGAAAUCCAGCGGUUCAAGGCCAUUAAGGCAUGUCUUGAUAGGAAUCCAGAAGCUUUCCAACCAAAAAUCGGGAAAGGGAGGUUGGGAGACGUGAAGCCUCGGCACAACAAGGGCUGUAACUGCCGGCGCUCCGGCUGCCUCAAGAACUACUGUGAGUGCUACGAGGCCAAAAUUAUGUGUUCUUCUAUUUGCAAAUGCAUUGGUUGCAAAAAUUAUGAAGAAAGCCCAGAACGGAAAACCCUAAUGAACACGCCAAACUAUAUGGAAAUUGGAGGGUCUGAAGGCAGCCAUCAGUUGUCACCAACUAAAUUCUCAGGACCACCAAAAUUCAGACAAGAUAGGCGCCCGCCCUCGUGCAUCUCCUGGGAGGUGGUGGAGGCCGCGUGCGCCUGCCUGCUGGCCCAGGGCGAAGAGGCGGAGAAGGCGCGCUGCCCCGACGGCCUGGCAGAGCAGAUGAUCCUGGAGGAGUUCGGGAGGUGCCUGUCGCAGAUUCUCCGCAUCGAGUUCAAGUCCAAAGGCCUGAAGCUUGAGUAGUUAGUGUGAUGACUGCGGGAUGCGCGUAGGUCUUGUUUCAACGUUCUGAGGGAAACGGACGCGUAGUUUAGAAAGGUUGUUGGAGGGACACGAGGCCAGGCCUGGUCAGCGGCCGUGUCACUAAGGUCAGGCUUUCCCUCUGCAUCCGGGGGCCCGGGGGAUCUACUCAGAGUUCUCGGUGAGGGUCUCGGUGAGGGUCUCAGUGAUCACAGACCCCUUUUUGGAGGAAGUGCGGGACGCAGCUCACGGUGGCCGUCUGGCCCCGGGGACAGAGUGGCUCCUGGCGACUCUGGGAGCACGUCCGCACUGCCGGUGCCGGCAGCCUCUGGGGAAGCAAUGGCCCAUCCCCUUGCCUUCACCCUGUCUUGGAAAUUUUCCUCUGAAGGCUUCUCCACCUAAAAAGCUGUAGUGAUUUUUCACUAAAAGUAUUUUGAAAUUAAUUCUCCAGAUGGGCUGCUAAGAUACAACUUAAAAUCUCCAAAAAAGUACAGAAAACCUUGAGGAAUUCCCAAGUGCGGACGUUUUCCCAGAGUCACACGAAUUCUCCACUCCCGUCCGGCCACCCUGAAACGCAGGCAGCGGGCUCAUGCUCGUGACUGCAAAUGAUCUAGGUUCUAAUGUGUUUUCAUUUGAGUGUGGGAAAGCUCUAUUGUCCAAUUAAUUUCUCCCUAAUUACUGUUCUAAUAUUAUUAUUGUUUGUUAAAAUAUGGUUAAAAUAACUAGUUUGCAGAAACCAGCAGGUAAGAUUAGUUAUUACGUUGACUCUCUUUUGGUUCUAUUGAAAAAGCAAAGAGGAUUAAAAACUUCAAAUGUCUUCCAUUGUUGUAAUUAACUUAGUAGCUGAAACGUAUUGGUCACGUUUCUGUGUUUAUGAAUAGCCGCGGCCCCUUUGAGCCCGUUUAGAAAGCUCGCUCAUGAGCACAGCGUGGUCAGCACGGAGCCCUGCGGCCGCUCGCGUUUCCUAAGCUGUACUUGGAACAGCAAAUUCUGACAGGGAACCACGGAGGGGAAGAAAAACACUUAAUUCUUCACCAUUUCAACCCCCUUUGGCUCCUUUGGAUUGAGAUUCUUGGCGGCAAGCCAGAGGCAGAACCCCGCACUGGAU